GUGGGAACGCAUGGAAACUCUGAAGGAGGAGAAGGGCUCUGAGCUGAUUGGAGUGGCUGAUGUGAGGACAUUUCUUCAGGACUGUCAGAGCAUAGGAGUACUAUUGCAAGACAAGAUGGUCCAACUUGGGGAUCUGGAACCAGGGAACUCACCUGCUGGGCUGGAGUCAGACAGGCGCAAACUGUCUACAGUUGAGAGAGAGGUCCUGGUGAUAGAGAGGAAAAUUGAAUACUUGAGGACUGUUGCAAAAUCGAUUAAGGACACCAACCCUGCAGAGAGCAGGGCCAUCACUGAACAGGUGGACAACAUGGAGAGGCUUCUGGCAAAGCUCAAGCUGGAGACCCAAAAGAAACAGGACAUUCUGCAGUGGGCCCAAAAUCAACAGUCCUUCCUGCAAGACAGCCGCAGGCUUCUGCUGUGGGCAGAAGGCAUUCAGGAGAAACUAAGCAGUGAAGAAAUGGGUGUGGACGUGGCUUCUGCAGAGCAAUUGCUGAAGGAGCAUCAGGACCUGCUGAAAGAAUUUAGAUCUCAGAAAGAAAGAUUUGUGCAGCUGGAAGAGCUAGGGCGCAAAGUAAUCCGUGAACAACCCAGUAACAGCAGGACCAUAGAUGUCCAUCAGUCCAUGCAGAGGCUUGCUGAGGAGAAGAAAGAGCUGGAGAAAAUGUGGGAACAGCGACGGAAAAAGCUGCAGGAUGGCUUGGAAUUGCAGAAGUUCAAUAGGGAGGGAGACUGUAUCAAUGCAGCCCUCUCCGGCCAUGAGGCCUUUCUCCGGGGGGAUGACCUUGGGGACCACAUAGAUGCUGUUCGAAGCCUGCUGAAGCAACAUCAGGAAUUUGAACAACUGCUGAUGGCACUGAAGAGACGAAUUGAAGCACUUAAUGAAAAUGGAGUGAGCCUAAUAGAAAGCAAGCACUUUGCAUCUCAUGUUAUUGAAGAGAGAAUGGUCACUCUCCGGCGACGGUGGGAGCGGCUGAUACAAAGCAAUGCCAAGAGAAAACAGAGGUUAUUGGAUUCCCUACAGCUGCAGGACUUUAAUCGUGAUGCUGCUGAGCUUUUGAUAUGGAUGGAAGAGAAGUACAAGAUUGCAUCAGAUGAAUCCUACCGUGAUCCAACAAAUGUUCUACGCAAACUGAAGUGGCAUGAAGCUGCUGAGAAGGAAAUGAUGGCUAAUGAGGAGCACUUUGCAACACUGAUAAAGAAAGGAAAUCAACUGAUUCAAGACAACCAUUAUGCUGCAGUUUCUAUCCAGGAGAAGAUGUCAGAGCUUCAAAAGAAGUGGAAGAAAUUGUAUGGCAAGAUGAUAGAGCGAGGUGACAAGCUGAGACAAGCUGGGCAGCAAGAACAGCUCAUGGAACUGCUCCAGGAUGCCAAAAAGAAGAUAGAGAAAAUCGAGAAAGUUCUUCAGGAAUCUGAGACAGGCCAUGAUUUGCGCUCCAGCCGUGAUCUACUCAAGCAGCACAGACAGCUGGAAAAUGAGACACGUGAGCUGGCAGAGAAAAUGAACUCUAUUGUAUCUCAUGCAAGGAAAAUGGCCACCAAUCACUUUGAUUCCCAGAGGAUUCUGGAUGAAACACAGAAAUAUCUGAAAAGGUUUGAGUCCUUGCAAGCACCUCUUGAUGAGAGGCGUAAGUUGCUGGAAGCUGCAGUGGAUCUCUAUGAGUUCUACCAUUAUCAUGACAUGGAACUGAACUGGAUUCAUGAGCGAUUGCCUAUUGCCCAUUCCACCAACUGUGGGAAGUCCUUGGAUGUGGCUCAAAGCCUGUUGCAAAAACACAAGGAACUGCAGGCAGAAGUUAAUGCCCACAAACAGCAAGUCCAGCGGGUCCUGGAUAAAGGAAAGACAAUGAUUGCAGGCCAGCACCCAUCAGCUCAGAAAAUAAGUGAGAAAUGCCAAGAGCUUGUGACUGCCUGGAAGGGCUUGGAGAAGGCCUGUGAGGAAAGGAUGAAGCAGCUGCAACACUCAGUUGGCUUCCAGGAGUUUUUAAUGAAUACUUCAGACCUGGAGGCCUGGAUAGCAGAAAAACAUCCACUUGUGACAAGCAAGGACUAUGGUAAAGAUGAAGAUGGAACACUGAAACUCCUUAAGAAACAUAAGGCAUUGGAGCAUGAGAUUGCCGUUUACCAAAAUUUGAUGAAAGAACUGAGUGAAAGUGCCCAAACUCUUCCUCUUGUGGGCUCCAUCCAGUAUGUUGAGGUUGAUGGACCAAAGGAACAAGUUCAUUCAAGACUCCAGGAGCUGCAGGAACUAGCAGCAGCAAGAGGGAAGAAGCUGGAUGAGACUCUUGUCUUGCAUGAAUUUCUACGAGAAUACGAAGAUCUGCAAGACUGGAUCACUCAGCAGAAACAAACAGCCAGUUCUGAAGACUAUGGAAAUAAUUAUGAACAUGUCUUGCAACUUUGCACCAAAUAUGACACAUUCCGCCACCAGUUGGAAGCAACUGGGAAGAGAGUUAUGGCUUGCCAGCAGCUGGCAGACAACUUGCAUUCAGAGUCCCGGGAAAUUCGGCACAAGCAGAAAGAGCUAAGGAACUCCUGGGAGGAGCUGCUGGAAAUUACCAGAUUACGAGGUGAGCGGCUGAGAGAUGCUGAGGCGAUUCACAUGUGUUACCAAGAUCUAACAGAUGCUCUGGCCCAUAUUGAGGAGAAGUCCAAAAGUAUUCCUGAUGAUGUUGCUAAGGACAUGAGAGGUGUGCAAACACAGCUCCGGAACCAUGUGGCCCUGGAGCAUGAGCUCGCUGGGAAUGAGCAGCAGCUGCAGGAGCUGAUCCACUCUGCAGAUCAUGUGCUGAUUCACUGCUCAAAGAAACAGGUGGAAGACCUGAAAGCAAAGCAGCACGCAAUAGUGACCAACUGGAAGGCCCUGAAGUCUAAGGUGGAACUGCGCAAGAAACUUCUGGAACAAGCAUACAUGCUUUACCAGUUUCAAGCAGAUGUAUGGGACUAUUUUUCAUGGACAGCAGAAAUAAUAAGGGAAAUGAGAGCCAAGGAGACUAUUCGGGACAUAUCUACUAGCAGCCUGAGACUUACCCAGCAUCAACAGCUACUGGCAGAGAUUGAAGCACGAGAAGAGAAGUAUAAUCAUGUUGUACAGCUAGGGCAGUCUCUCUUGCAAGAUGAGGAAAUAGGAUCAAAAGAGAUUCAGCAGAAGCUACAGGCUCUGCUGGAAGAAAAGGAAAAUGUAUACAAUGAAUGGAAACAGAAAAAGGAGUGGCUGGAGAAAAUACACCAAGAACAAAUGUUCUACAAGGAUUGGGAUCACCUGGACAUGCUUCUGAAUUCACAGGAGAUUUAUUUGAAAAGCAGUGACCUUGGAAGCUCUGUGGAUGAAAUAGAGCAACUGAUAAAGAAACAUGAGGCUUUUGAAAAGCUGCUGGCAUCACAGGAUGAGAAGAUGAUGUCUCUUCAAGAACAGGCAAGCAGGCUAGAAAAGGUUGGUGGACUGGAAGGGCUAAAGAUCCAGCACAAACUGAAUGCCAUUUGUGAGAGGAAGCUGCAGAUCAAGGAUCUAUCCCAGAGUAGGAGAGAGACACUUCAGACUGCCCUUCUUCUGGCACUUUUCUACCAGAACUUGGAAGAGGCAGAAGACUGGAUCAGUAAGCGCAUGCAGAAGCUACAGGAUCCUUCCAUACAAGACCCCAGCAAUCUGCAGGACAAAAUGAAGCUGCUGCAGAAACAUCAGGUCUUUGAGGCAGAGAUUCUAGCAAAUGAAGAAAUCAUCACAGCUGUUAAUAAGAAAGGAGAAGUCCUGUUAUCAAAAUGCCACCCAAAAUCAGGAGAGGUCCGUCACCGAGUCCACAUGCUUGAGGAGCAUUGGGAGAAGUUGAAGAGAGCUGUUGCUGCCCGUGGAAAGAUGCUGGAGGACAGCCGGGAUUUCCUGGAAUUUCUCCAGAAGGUGGACCAGGUGGAAGCCUGGAUCAGGGAGAAGGAAGUCAUGAUUAAUGUAGGUGAUGUGGGAAACGACUAUGAACACUGCCUGCAGCUCAUGAAAAAGCUGAAUGAGUUCCAUGGAGCAACAUCAGGGGAGACAACAGUGGACGAUGCUCACAUCAGGGCUAUCAAUGCCCUGGCCAUGAAACUGGAGAGACAGAAUAAGGAAGAAACAAAGACAAUAUAUGAGCGUCGAAAGCAGCUCAAUGAGAAGUGGAACAGCUUCCAUGGUAACCUGAAUGCAUACAGGAAGAAGUUAGAGGGAGCCCUAGAGAUUCAUGCCUUAAUCAGAGAAAUUGAUGACAUCACAGAGAGAAUUACUGAGAAGAGUGUACUGAUACAAGCACUGGAUUAUGGGAAAGAUGUGGAAAGUGUGGAAAACCUAAUUCGAAGGCAUGAAGAGAUGGAGAGAGAAAUCAGUGUUAUUAAGUCCAAAAUGGAGCCAUUGGAAUUAGAAACUUUCCGCCUUUCCACAAGGAAUCCAUCCAUAAAUGACAAACUGACUAUGAAGAAACAGGAGAUGAAAAACAACUGGCUACGACUCCAGGGACAGGCCAAACAAAGGAAGGAGAAGCUGGCAGCCUCCUAUCAGUUGCAGAAGUUUAACUUGGAGAUGAAGGAGAUGCUAGAUUGGACCCAAAACAUAAGAGGAUUAAUGGAAGCAGGGGGGCUUCCUAAAAGCGCAAAUGAAGCGGAAAGCAUGAUUGAGGAGCAUCAGGAGAGAAAGGAGGAGAUUGAAGCACGAGUGGAAAGAUUCAACUCUCUCAGUAACUAUGGUCAAGAACUUGCCAGUUCUGGUCACUAUGCAACCCCAGAGAUUCACCAGUCCCUCUCCAGACUUCAGCAAGCCUGGUCUGAAUUGAUCCAAGCAUGGCAGGAACAAUAUAUAAAAUUGUUUCAGGCACAAGAUUUACAGAAAUUCUACAGCAGUGUGGAACAGACUGAGAGCUGGCUCAGCAGCAAAGAGGCUUUCCUAGCCAAUGAGGACUUAGGGGACUCAGUGUCUAGUGUGGAGAGCCUACAGCGGAAACACAUGCAGUUUGAAAAAGCCCUGGAAGCUCAGAUGGAGAAAAUUGAUGAGAUGGCUUCAUUUGCUCAGCAGCUAACACAGAACAAGCAUUAUGACUCAGACAACAUCAUCAACAGAUGCCAGGCUGUUCUGAGGAGGAAAGAGAAACUGCUGGAGAAUGCUGCUGCUCGCAGACAUCUGCUAGAGGAAUCAAGGCUUCUGCAGAAGUUGCUGAGGAAUUCCUUUGAGGUGGCUGCCUGGAUCAAUGAGAAGAAUAGCAUUGCCCAGGAUGAUAGCUGGAAGGAUCCAAGCAAUCUGCAGACCAAACUGCAGAAGCACCAGACUUUCCAAGCAGAGAUCAUGGCCAACAGAAAUCGCCUGGACUCCAUCAAAUCUGAAGGGGAGAAGAUGCUCCGUGAGAGGCACUAUGCCCCUGAAGCCAUUCAGUCCAGACUACAAGAAAUGGAAGAGCUAUGGGAGGAACUGCUAGCAAGUUGCCAGGAUAAACGGGCCAAGCUGCAGGAUGCUUACAAGGGCCUUCAUUUUCAGCGAAGUGUAGAGGAUAUGGAGAAAUGGUUGGAAGAUGUGGAAAAUGAAUUGAAAGCACCAUAUAGUAACAAUGAUCUAGUGGUUUUGAGCAGUCAUCUGAAGAAACAAAAGGAUCUGGAGGAAGAUAUUGCUGGCCAUAGGGACCGGCUGCAAGAGCUUGUGGUCACAACUCAGCAAUUCCAGAAGGAGAAGCAUUUUCUUGCUGACGAACUAGAAGAGAGAGUGGAUCAACUGGUGCAGAGAUAUAAAAGUCUACGUGAUCCUCUGCAGGAGAGACGUGGGAGUCUGGAGGCAAGCAGACUUCAGUACCAGUUCUUUCGAGAUGUUGAUGAGGAGUUGGCCUGGGUUCAUGAGAAGCUCCCCAUGGCUUCCUCCAGGGAUUAUGGCCAAUCCCUGCCAGCUGUUCAGAGUCUACAAGAAAAGCACCAGAAUUUGGAGAAUGAGAUAAGCAGUCGGGAUGCUUUGACCAAAGCAGUGCUCAGUACAGGGCAGAAACUGGUAAGGGGAGGCCACUCAGCCUCUCGCAAGAUUAUGGAGCAUCUGAAGGAGCUUGAGACUUCUAUAGAAACCUUGAAAGCAGAGGCUCAAGAGCGGAGACGGCGGCUCAUGCAGUCAUACGAGGCCCAUCUGUUCCUGAAUGAGCUACUGGAAGUGGAGGCGUGGCUGGCAGAGAGGAGCUUCAUUCUGGAAACCUCUGAUUAUGGGAAGAAUGAAGAAUCCACACAAGUUUUACUUCGUAAACUUGAAGCUACCAAGCUGGACAUGGAUGGUUUCAGGCCCCGGAUCGAGAAAGUGCAGGAGACAGGUGCCAGUUUAAUAAACAAAGACAGCCCAGAGAGUCCAGCCGUACUUUCAAAACUCCAGGGGAUCCUAGCAGACUAUCAGUUGCUCCUACAGAAGGCUGACACACAGAGAAAAUGCCUGCAAGAACAAUUCCAGCUCUAUCAGUUUGAAAGAGAAUUCCAGAUGGUGGAUACAUGGUUUUCCAGUAAACAGUCUGUAGCAGAGUCCAAUGACUAUGGGCAGGACUUAGAUGAUGUUGAGGUGCUGGAGGAAAAGUUUAAAGAUUUUGUAAAUGAGGUGAAACCUCUGGGACAUUCCAAAGUUGUCUCCUUAAAUGAGUUAGCAUCUAAACUAGAGAAGGAGGGCCACAGCAAGAUGGACAUUAUCCAGAAGAGAACAAAGCAAAUCAAUGAGACAUGGGAGAAACUAUGCCAUGCCAUCCAGGCAAGGACAGAGAAUCUAAGAGCAGCCCAGCAAGUUCACCAGUAUGAUCACGAUGUGGAUGAAGUAAAGAGCUGGAUGCAGGAGAAAGAGGCAGUGGUGGAUAUAGAAGAUUAUGGAUAUGAUCUUCCAGGUGUACAGACACUUCUCAGCCAGCUUGAGGGAGUAGAGAGAGAUCUAGGAGCCAUCAUGAAAGAGCUGGAACGGAUUCGGGGAGAGGCUUGGCACCUUAGUCGCACGUACCCUCAAGUCAAGGAAAACAUUAUGGAUAGACUCACAGAUGUGGAUAAGUGCUGGGAAAACCUGGAUAAGAAGUUUCUGGAGAGGAAGGCAAGACUGAGCCAGGCAGAACAAGUCCAGCUCUACUUCAAUGACUGCAGGGAGCUGAUGGCCUGGGCCAACGAGAUGCAUGCACUAGUGAUAUCUGAGGAACUGGCACAUGAUGUCCUGGGAGCUGAACUGCUUAUCAAGCGCCAUGAGGAAUACAAACGUGAGAUAGAGAAACAGUGGCUAAAAUAUGAAGAAAUGCAGCGAACAGGAGCUGACCUGAUGAAGAAUGGACAUUUCAUGUCUGUGGAGAUUGAAGAAAAAUUGUUAGAGCUGUCAGAGCUGAUGAAGAAGGUAAAGGAGAGCUGGGACAUGAGGAAAGAGUUAUAUGAAGAAAACUGGGAGAUUCAAUUGCUCCGCAGAGAGCUAGAACAAGCAGAAGCAUGGCUGGCUGCCAAGGAGAGUUUUCUUUCAGAUCCUAGCUAUGGGGAUUCAGUGUCUGAAGUAGAGGAAUUACUGAAGAAACACCAUGAUUUUGAGAAGAUGCUUGCAGCUCAGGAGGAGAAAUUUGCUCAGCUCAGCAGGAAAACUAAGAGGGAGAUGAAUCUUCUGAAACAAGUGGACACAGAAGACAGUGAGCAGAAAGAUAAAGGCAGAGUUUUACGGGUUCCCUCUCUGAAAAGAAAAACAUCUGACAAAAGGAAUACACCGCCAAAAGUGACAGAGAUAAAGAGCAUGACACCACUGCCAUCUGUGCCCUUACCCAGCCUGUCCUGGAGGGUCCCACUUGAAACUGUUUUCUCCCCUGUUGAAAAGUUUCCAUCGCCAUCCCAACAAUUCAUUGCUGGGGCAGUCCCAGAAGUGCUGAGCAGCAACAAAACAGAAAUGAAAGUUGAGAGGCAGCUCAGUGAGAUUACCACACCACGUACACCAAAGACGGUGGGCCCACAAUCUACAUCUUUGGAAAGUCACAGUUCUUUAAGCUCUCCUUUAUCUCCUACUCCCAUAAGCCAGCAACACAGCAGCAGUUUGUCAGAAUCGUAUGCCACAGGCCUUUUAUCACCUCAGGAAAAAAGCGCUAGAGGCUCCUCUUUCUCCAACCUGCAGACAAAACUAAUGGCAACUGCACCCAAGCCUGGCCAAAGGUCACUAGAUAAAUCACCAAACUUACUGCUAUCUAACUCCUCUUGGGAGAGAUUAGAGAAUACAUCUUCGGUUUCUGCAUGUCUCCAGCACAUGGAGGGAUCCCUAGAAAAGAGAGACCAGCUCCUUCCAGGAAGACAACAGCCAGGCUCAAGGUCUUGGAAAUCCUUCUACGUAAAACUUGAUGGAUUAAAGCUUGAUUUCUAUAAUGAUGAAAAAGAAGCAUCUGAGAACAUAUCCACACUCCUGUCCCUCAGCAUUCCUGGUGCCAAAUGUGAGAGGCUGGUAAAUUACAUCAGGAAAGAGAACGCCUUCAUGUUGCAGCUGAGAGACGGGGCAGAGUAUUUCUUCGCAGCACCUUCUCAAACACUGAUGGAGGACUGGCUGCAAUCACUACAGAACAAUAUAGGACACAGUAACAGAUCACAUUCCACAGUGAUGGUGCAGCCUUUCACCCCAAACACAGAGACCUCCCAGACAAGACUGUGGGACUUUCCAGACAGAGACUCUGCUGAAAAACUAACCAGCAAAAUCUCACUCCUCAGGAGAACACCUUCCUUCAAAAUCAAACCAGAGAGAGAGUCUGCAGAAUUUUCCAGAGAUUUUAAUGAAGAUGUGACUGCAGUGACACAAGCCUCCAUCACCACCCUAAGCCUAGAACAAAGUGGUAAUAAAACAAAACUGCUUCCAUCUCUGCCGGAAGCCGGAAGAGAAAAAUGAUAUUUACCUCUAAUACCAGACCCUUCACCAUUAUAUCUUAACCCAGCCCCCUGGAAAAAAUGUAUUGAUAUGUUUUAAAUUAAUCACUACCCUUGGAAUUUAUUUUAAUUAUGUAUUAAAUCUAGUAAAGCCAUUAAAUAUA